AUGGGUUUAAUANGUCUGAUAGGGUGCUUUGCUACACUGUUAUUCUAUACAGGGUUGUUUUAUGUCAAUAUUUCUGAGGCCUAAGUACUGAUGUAAACUACAUCAUUUUGGACUACUAUCUUGGGCAUAUAUAUUUUAAAAACAGAAAAAUUUUCAUGGAGACUGAUGCUUAAUUUUUUGUUUUGCUUUAUGGGUAUUAUCUUAUUAGUUCAACCUCCAUUUUUAAGGAAAUUAGCGGGUGAGUAUGAAAUUGCUGAUGAAAAACAAAAUUAAUUUUUGGGGUGUUUAAUUUUGCUCUUGUCUUCAAUGUUAUUUUCUCUUGUUUAGGUGCUGAUUAAAAACUUAUCUCAUAAUGUACUAAAAUCACAUAAUAUUAAUAGGUCAAUCAGUUGGUGAUACCACAAUAUUUUAGUAUAACUUCCAUCAUUUUUUCCUCUUUUUUGGCUACGUGUAAUCCAGAUAUGAUUUGGAGAGUGCCAAGUGUAGGCGAUUUGAUUAAAUUGUGCUUGAUUGGAAUAGUUUCAUAUUUAUAAUAAUUAUUGAUGAACAGAGCUUAUAUGAAAGGAAAUUUAACAGAAAUGGCAAUGCUUGGUCAAACGUAAUUAAUAUACGGCUACUUAUUUGAUAUACUGAGAGGUGCUCAUAUAUCAUUUCUUAGUGUCUGUGGUUCAAUUUUAAUAGCAAGUUCUAUAUGUAAAAGAAUUUUGGAGAAGAAUAAGGUUUAGGAUCAACUUUCUAAAUGA